AGGUAAAAUCGGCUACUGAAAGAGAAAAUUGAGGCUUUUGUAACUUUUAUUGUUAAAGUACUUGGGUAGUAAUGUUAAGCAGAUAAUUGAAUUAUUAGAGAUGUAAUGUAAUGUAUGAUUUGUGCUUUUCAGGUUUAUAUUGAUACGGUCGGAGAUCCAGGGAAAUAUGAGGCAAAAAUGUCUAAAAAUUUCCCAUCUAUCAAAUUUGUGGUUGCUAAGAAAGCUGAUAGUCUUUAUCCUGUUGUCAGUGGUGCAAGUAUAGCUGCAAAGGUUACGAGGGACCGAGCUGUAAGAGAUUGGGUGCUCGAUGAGACUGCUGAUAAUAUACACAGGAACUUUGGUUCUGGAUAUCCUGCAGAUCCCGCAACCAAGUCUUGGCUAGAAAAUCACAAACAUUCUAUCUUCGGUUUUCCAACAUUGGUUCGGUUUAGUUGGGGAACUUGCAGCACUUAUUUUAAAAGUGGUGCUGAAGUUUUAUGGUAA